UUUGCGUUGCCCGCAUUGUGAACAAUAAGCAACAACAUACGUACUGUCUACCGAAUGUGAAAAUGUCAACAUUAUACAUUUUCAUAAUUGCUGUUGGGAUGACCUCUUCUUGUACUUAUGGUGAAGAAGGCUUCUACAACAUUGCACAUAUGACAAACACACCAGCGAGUGUAGACUGGGCCCUUGAUAAAGGAGCAAACGGUGUAGAGAUAGAUUUGACCUUUGACACUUCUACAGGGACCCCAAUGGUAUUUCGUCAUAGUGUAGCAGGGGAAGCUUGUGAUUGCACGUGUAUGUGUCCAGCCCCAUUCUGGGGACUGUGCCGUGUGUUAUACCCAAACAGCGUCUGUGCCAAACUUUUAGAUGACGUUAGUGGAAUUUCACCGUGUAGAGCAGAAUCACCUAUACCAACAAUGUUGACUUUCCUGGCAAAAAAAUCAAGUUUGGCUUUGAUUUACUUUGACAAUAAGAUCAAAAGUGAAGAUAUGGACUCUAGCAAAAUGAGAGUUGCUGGUGAGGCUGUUGUGUCGACCAUAAUUACGAACCUGUUUGAGAAAGGGUACGGCGGGAAAGUGCUUGUAGGCUCCUCAAAACUAGAAACUUUUCCAUUUUUAAAGGCUGCUGUAGGCGCAAUUCAGAGUUCAAAGUUUAGAAAUCGUGUUUAUUUUGCCCUUGACCAAGAGAAUGUAGAAGGAGCUUUGCGAAAGCUACACACAUUACCGACACAGAACAUUGUGUACGGGACGGGGUUGACCGCCUGCUUACCUAUGCGUGUAAAAGAUACUCUUCAACUUGCAGCAGUAAAUAAAGCUAAAGGUGUGACGGGCCUCACGUACGUUUGGACCAUUGAUAAAUAUUCCUCAAUAAAAGAGAAUCUUCCAUAUGUACAAGCAGUUUUGUCUAAUUACCCAGGAAUUGUCAAUCAAGUGCUCCGAGAUAAUGGAAUACGGCUGGCAAAUCAGUCAAGUUCGAUACCCGUGGCGUCCAGCAGUGACGUCAUCAGCAGCGUGACCGGUCUAGACUGCGACUGCGAUUAUCAUCCCGGCGGAUGUUCCAUCAGUAAACCAGCUCCUUCGGGCCUGGCAUGCCACUGCGAGUACAAGGGUUUUUGGACCUGCGGUGGAAGUGUUUCUCAAUGUUCGAACCCCGACUCUCCUUACUGUACCCACCCCGAUUAUUCUGUGCACUCGUGUCUGCUAGGUGGUGGUGACUGCGAAGGCUAUAAAACAGCCACGUGUGAUUGCGACUAUUACAGUGGGGGUUGUAAAAUUAGCAAAGUUCCACCUCCGAACACGGCAUGCUACUGUUAUUACAGACUGUUUUGGACAUGUUACGGCAGCAUAACAAAAUGUAAAGAUUUUAACAGCAGCUACUGCAAGAACCCAGACUAUUCAAUUAACACGUGCAAUAUGGGCGGUGGAGACUGCGGGGCAUAUUGAUUUUGUCGCAAUUACCGUGGAAAUAUUCUUGUUGAAUUAACAAAAUAUCAGCUAUAUUUAGACUGGCAUUUAAUUUUAGAUUUUAGGUUGGUAUUCAGUUUCGGGUCUUAGACUAGCAUUUGAAAUCAGAUUUCAAACUGACAUUCGAUUAUCAAACUCUACAUUUUCGUAAUUUUGCCUUAUUACACAUGUGUGCAUAUUCACAUUUCAUCUGUCAUGAGUUUGGAAGAUGUUGGUCGCUACUUUU